GGGGGGAGGCUGCGCCUGCGCGCUCGCUGGAGGGGCUGCUGCUGCUCCGUGCCCGGCGCUCGGACCCGGCUGGCUGCGGGUGAGGGGCCGGCGGCGGGGCAGAGCGAUGAGCUCCCGGAAAGUGCUGGCCCUGCAGGCCCGGAGGCGGCGGCCCAAGCAGCCCGCGGCGGCCGGCAGGAGGGACAAGCACAAAAAGUGAAAAUCAAGCAGAAGAUUGAGCUGCUGAUGUCAGUUAACUCUGAGAAGUCGUCCUCUUCAGAAAGCUCAUCAGUCUUAAUGUUGAACUGUUUACAGUCCUUGACCACGGUAUCCAAAAUGGCCUCAUGUCCAGAAGAUGAAGUUUCAAGGCCAGAGCCUCAACAGAAAGCUCCAUCUGCACCACCACCUCCACCUCCGCCCCCACCUCCACCUCUGCCAGAGCCAGCACCACCAGAACCAGAGGAGGAGAUUCUGGGAUCUGAUGAUGAGGAGCAAGAAGACCCUGCAGAUUAUUGCAAAGGUGGUUAUCAUCCAGUGAAAAUUGGAGAUCUUUUCAAUGGCCGGUAUCAUGUAAUUAGGAAGCUAGGAUGGGGACACUUCUCUACAGUUUGGCUAUGCUGGGAUAUGCAGGGGAAGAGGUUUGUUGCAAUGAAAGUUGUAAAAAGUGCCCAGCAUUAUACAGAGACAGCCUUGGAUGAAAUUAAGUUGCUCAGAUGUGUUCGUGAAAGUGAUCCUAACGAUCCAAACAAAGACAUGGUUGUACAGUUAAUUGAUGACUUCAAAAUUUCAGGGAUGAAUGGAAUACAUGUCUGUAUGGUCUUUGAAGUUCUUGGACAUCAUCUCUUAAAAUGGAUAAUCAAAUCCAACUAUCAAGGCCUUCCUAUCCAUUGCGUAAAAAGUAUAAUUCGACAGGUCCUUCAGGGUUUAGAUUAUCUACACAGCAAAUGCAAGAUCAUCCAUACAGAUAUAAAACCAGAAAAUAUCUUGAUGUGUGUGGAUGAUGCCUAUGUGCGUAGAAUGGCUGCUGAAGCUACAGAGUGGCAGAAAGCUGGUGCUCCUCCUCCGUCUGGCUCAGCAGUGAGUACUGCCCCACAACAAAAGCCUGUUGGGAAAAUAUCUAAAAACAAAAAGAAAAAACUGAAAAAAAAACAGAAGAGGCAAGCUGAGCUACUAGAGAAACGCCUGCAGGAAAUAGAAGAACUGGAGCGAGAAGCUGAAAGGAAAAAAAUAGAAGAAAAUGUAACCUCGGGUGUACCAUCAAAUGAGCAAGAAGAUGAGUACCACCCAGAGGUCAAGCUAAAAACAGCUGAUUUAGAGGAGGUAGCGGAUGAAGAGCCUGGGAAUGAUGAUGGUGAAGCAGAAGAUCAGGAGGAAAAAGAAGACACAGAAAAAGAAAACACUGAGAAAGAUGAUGAUGUUGAACAGGAACUUGUUAACACAGACCCUACGUGGAUAGAAUCCCCCAAAACAAAUGGCCAUAUUGUAAAUGGCCCAUUCUUACUGGAACAACAGAUUGAAGAUGAAGAUGAGGAUGAGGAAGACUGCCCAAACCCUGAGGAGUAUAACUUCAAUGAGCCAAAUGCAAAAAGUGAUUAUUCUUAUAGUAGCUCCUAUGAACAAUUUAAUGGUGAAUUGCCAAAUGGACGUCAUAAAAUUCCUGAGUCACAGUUCUCUGAAUUUUCAGCUUCAAUGUUCUCUGGAGCUUUAGAAUCUGUAGCUUGUGGUUCAGCUGUUUCUGAGGGAUCAUCUGUAACGGAAAGAGAUGAGAGCAGCCCAUCUCAGGAUAGGAGCAGAACAGUUUCAGCGUCUAGUACUGGAGACUUGCCAAAAACAAAAACCCGUGCUGCGGAUUUAUUGGUGAAUCCCCUGGAUCCAAGAAAUGCAGAUAAAAUUAGAGUUAAAAUUGCUGAUCUGGGAAAUGCUUGCUGGGUACAUAAACACUUCACUGAAGACAUCCAGACAAGACAGUAUAGAUCCAUAGAGGUUUUAAUAGGAGCAGGUUACAGUACACCUGCAGAUAUCUGGAGUACAGCCUGUAUGGCAUUUGAGCUUGCAACUGGAGACUAUUUGUUUGAACCACAUUCUGGUGAAGACUAUUCCAGGGAUGAGGACCACAUAGCACACAUCAUAGAGCUGCUAGGCAAUAUCCCAAGGCACUUUGCUCUAUCUGGAAAAUAUUCUCGGGAAUUCUUCAAUCGCAGAGAUCACAUAGCAUUGAUCAUUGAACUGCUGGGAAAAAUCCCUCGAAAAUACGCUAUGUUGGGGAAAUAUUCCAAGGAGUUUUUCACCAAAAAAGGAGAACUCCGGCACAUUACCAAGCUAAAACCUUGGAGCCUCUUUGAUGUGCUUGUGGAAAAAUAUGGUUGGCCUCAUGAAGAUGCCGCACAGUUCACAGAUUUCCUGAUUCCCAUGCUAGAAAUGGUUCCAGAAAAACGAGCUUCAGCUGGAGAAUGCCUUAGGCAUCCAUGGUUGAAUUCUUAGCAGAAUCUUCAAAUGUAAGAUUGAACCAGCAACCACUUCCAGUGCAUCGGACCUAAAUGGUGACUGUCACAAAUUCUUUAACAGGAUCACAAGUGAGCUGGCUUCAUCCUCAGACCUUUAUUUUGCUUUGAGGUACUGUUUGACAUUUUGCUUUUUGUGCACUGUAUUCUUGGGGAAGGGUAGUCUUGUCUUCAGCUGGUAGUUUACUGACCCACUCUCUUCAGAAAACACUUAACGUGUCUUUAAGCAUCAUUUCUUGUGUUGUGUGGCAUUCAAAUGUCAAACUUUUGAACAAACUAUUCCCCCCUAUCCCUCUGUGUUUUGGCAGGUUUUGUAACUAUUUAUGAUGAAAUAUUUUAGCUGAGUAUUAUAUAAUUUACAAGUUUGACAUCAAGUCAGAACUGAGAAAUGGCAAGGAAUUGUACAAUUUUAUUUUCUGACAAAGGGACAUCAUUCUUGUAUUAUAGUGUAUGUAAAUGCACCCUGUAAAUGUUUAUUUCCAUUUAAAUAUGGGAUGGGGACUCAGAUUUCAGAGUAAAGCUACUAAGUUUAAAGAGCUUUGUAGCAUACAAAUUGCAUGUAGCGGACUUCAAGCUGCUUUAAGGAUUUGUGUAAACUUUCCAUUUUGUAGAAGUUCCUGUACAUUAGAUUAUAAACAAAGUGGCUCUGGUUUACAAGACUUCAUUCCACCAAUGGCACUUUAAAGGAAGGCUAGACUUCUUUCUAAUGAUAAAGUAUGCAUUAUCAUUUAGCACUCCCUUUUAGAAUUUUUGCCUAUUUUAAGUGCUUUUAAGGAGAAAAUAGCAAUUUCCCUUACAAUGUGAUAGUGAAGACAUGGUACCAUAUGGUGUUGCCUUUUUAUAAGCACUGUAAUUUGUACUAUACCCAAAAGAUUAAAAGUGAGCAUGGGAAAUAUUCUGUCUAGGAUUACUGAUCUUUUACAAUAAUAUAUGCUUGAGGUACGAAAAGGAUUGACCAAAAAGCAAAUAUAAUUUAGAGGACAAAAUAAUUCAAUGUUUGAGACAGUUCAUGCUCAUUCCAUUCAUAGCUUUACAUGCUCUGAAAACGAAUUGCACUAGCUUUUUCCCCCCAUGAAUUGACAUAUAUAGCAAUUAGUUUGCCCUUUGUAAGUUGCACGCAAAAUUGUAAAUGUUUCCAGGGGGUGAAAAAAGCUAAAUAGACUCAAAUUCAUAGGCAAUACAGAUUUUAGAAUGUAAAAUAUGGAGGUGUAUUUUGCCCUCUUUUAGAAGUCAGUGGGGUGAAUGUAAGUUUAUUUCUGGUUUUACAUAAUUAUGGUGCCACUUUUUUGACUGUCCAUUUUAAAUUUAUUCACAUGCCUUUGCAAUAACUAGAUAGCUCUGUGUUGUAACAAUAACCAAUUGUUUGAGGUGCUUGCAGUUGUCUAAUUAAAGUGUUUUGUUUUUUCAGACAUUGUGCUGGUCAUUCAAAUGCUUGAUAAUGGUAAAUCCAACUGUUUGAUAGUCACAUUUCUCAGUAGGUUUUUUAACCUAGCAUACUGGAAAUGCCAGUUGACAAUUCAUUUGUAAAAUAUCUGUACAUGCUUAAAAUCUUUUACUUAAUACAUCAGAGCUAAAAUAGCACCUGCAACAGUUAACUCACUGCUUGUUCAGACUCAGAAAUGGCAUUCCACAGAACUUGUUUAAGUUAAAGUAACCUUUGCUUGCUUUUUGCCCUUCUGUGUAUAAUUAAAAAUGAAGAUUAUUUAAAACAUCUUGGUAGAGUACAACACAAUAUGCUAUUAUUCAAGAGACUUUCAGCCACAUUUGGCAAUGCUAACAUUUGGGUUUUAGAGCAGAGAGCAAUGGCAGCCAUCUACUUAAGGACUUCAUACUGGAAAGCUGUUUUUUUUAAAAAGGCAGCAAGGAUAAUAUUGAUAGUGUGAAGACAAAAUGCUGCAAUGAAAGCAAGAGAAGACAGGAGGUAAAAUUUUCUGUUUCACCGAGGAGUUGCCUUUAGGUUCAUCCUGUUGCAACAAGUGAUAAAUUUUCAAUACAGGAAGGAAAGAAAAACUUAAGAAUUGAAGUAUUAGUUUAAAACGUCACUUUCUAGGCACCAAACCAAAUAUUCCAAUAUUACAGCUCUUUGCACUACUGUAGCUAUUUUUACAAAAGUUACUGGUAUCCUAACAUUCAGUUAAUGGUGGUAACUUAAACAGUACCAUUUCAGACACGUACUAUGCUGUCUUUUACCCAUUUCUUUCAAAAAGCUGUAGCUACUCAAUUUAAACUGGCAAAAUGUUUUUGACUUUGUCUCGUACAAAAUAUGAGUUCUUGCUUCCAAGCUAGCUAAUGAUCCACUCACUUAUUUUAUUAAUACAAUGGCUUUGACCACCACAGUAAAGUAUUCAGAGUAACAGCCGUGUUAGUCUGUAUUCGUAAAAAGAAAAGGAGUACUUGUGGCACCUUAGAGACUAACCAGUUUAUUUGAGCAUGAGCUUUCGUGAGCUACAGCUCACUUCAUCCGAUGAAGUGAGCUGUAUAGCUCACGAAAGCUCAUGCUCAAAUAAACUGGUUAGUCUCUAAGGUGCCACAAGUACUCCUUUUCUUUUCACAGUAAAGUAAUAAAUUGUGGCUCUAUAGGGUUGGGUUAAGGAGGUUACUUGUUCAUAGCUCUGGUCGUUGGCAUUGACUGUAAGCUAUCUGAUUGUUUAAUUAGUUGAUGGUCUUAGACAGUUCCUAGUAGACUUUGGUUGCUAGACUCAGGAGAAAAAAAUACAAGGAUGUGAAUAGUAAUGGAACUGAAUUGCCUUUCCUGUAGUAGUAAGAAAAUCGAUUUCUAAUGCUGUUCCCAGUCCAAUGCCUUCUUUCACCAGUAGCAGUUGAACAUAAAGACAAAGCAACAGUUCCUCUUUACUCAAUCUGAUAUACUAGCUUUUUAUAAACUGGUGGCUUUUCUUGAUUCUUAAAAACCUGAAAAAAAAUUAACAUCCACAAUAAGCUACAGUAGAAAAGUUACUUGACACCCCAUGCCUUCAGCUAGUUUCACAGGACUAAUUAAACUUUGACUGUUUCAUUAAAAUUAUAUACAGCCAACUGAAUUAGUUUUAAGAUCUGAAAUAAUUGGUCCUACUACCAGACUGGUAUUUAAUAAGAUGAUUAAAGGCUUGUCUUUAUGUUCUAUAGCAUAAAAAUUGGUGCACACAUUUCUUCUGUGCACACAUUCAAGCAUAGUGGCAGCAUCUUCGCUACCAUACAGAUAUCUUAUCCUAGAUAUAAAGUUAAAACACUGAACUUGCAUUUUAACAAUAAGCUUUCUGGCUGUAUUUAUUCAUUUCUGUUAAGUCCAUUACCCUCCAUGUUACUCUUUAGCCACAAAAACAUACCCAUCUCCUCUCUUUUGGUAAUAAAGUUCAUAAAUCUUUCAUUUUUA